UUUCAAAGAUUCAGUAUCCUCAAAGGUGUUGCCCUUCCCCUGCAGUUUUGACAGUUCCAGCUUGGUCUGGAGUCAGAGGACAUCAGCCAACUUUGUCCCCUUUGAUAUCCAUCUCUGCAUUGGAAUGAUUGCGCUAUUGAUCACCAUCGGCUUUCUCUGCACAGCCACUGGCAUCGCUAAAGUCAUGGAAGUGACCCAGCCAGCAAUGGUCUUGGCGAACAGGAAAGGAACUGCCAGCUUGGUGUGUGAAUAUAAGCACAUUGGGAAUGCAAAGGAAAUCCGAGUGACUCUGCUUAAGCAGACAGGCAACCAGUUCACGGAGAUCUGUGCUUCAACUUACACAACUGAAUAUGAGAUGUUCAGCGUGGAAAAGAUCAUUCAGUGUCAUGUUAGCCCUAGCCGAAACAACGUGACUCUCACCCUCACAGGGCUACAGCCUAAUGAUACUGGUCUAUAUAUCUGCAAGAUGGAGAGGAUGUAUCCACCACCCUAUUUUAUGAACACGGGCAAUGGGACACAGCUUUAUGUCAUGGAUCCUGAGCCCUGCCCAGACACUGACCUUUACCUUUGGAUAUUAGGAGCUGCUGCAUCAGGAUUGUUUCUUUACAGUAUCAUAAUCUCAGCCUUUCUUUUGAGCAGAGCAAUACGGAAAAGACGUUAUCUCACUACUGGGGUCUACGUGAAAAUGCCUCCAGAAGAACCACAGAAGACAUUUAAACCAUUCCACAUCACCAUUAACUAAAAGAAGAAAACUGAAAUGGGCAAUUUCUAGCAGAUUCUGUUAUUUGGCUUUCUAAUUUAAACAAAUAAAACUCAAAUUUCUUAUUAUAGAGUGGGGGGAGAAGAGAAUAUACCUUGUAACUGUUAUAGUUUGGAGUAGAAUAAAUGAAGAAGAAGGUUAUGCAUUAAUAUUUCAAGGAUACUCCUAUCACCCAAAAAUGGCUAUAUUUUGGCCAUUGGUUCUAUGAGUUGUAUUGUACCAAUAUGUACAUGUAUGUAUGUGUGUGUGUGUGUUUGUGUGUAUAUACAUGCACACGUGUGUAUGUGUGUAUCUAUAUCUACAUACACACAUGCAUACAUAUAUAUACAUACAUACAGAUACAUACAUAUUUAGCAUUAAGAGCUAUUGCUAUUGCAGGCAAAUAUCUUAUUGUCAAAUUUCAGCAUAUCUGUUGAUCAGCUGAAACCAAACACUAUUAAGACUAAGGCUUGUGUGUCAUUGCAGUGAUAACUGAAGGAGUUGUGGGAUGGAGGCAUAACAAUACACUAAUGUAUAAAGAAAUGUUGGUGAAUUUCCAUUUAGUGCUAUAAAUUUGAUGCCAUUUCUUGCAUUAGUGCUGAGCAUUCCCACAGCAACAUCAGCACUGCCUAGCACUGAUGACACUGCUGCUGUAAAAGCCUGAUCUAAGCUCCUUUUGCUGGCAUUGUGUCACGGGAUGCUGCGCUGGAGGUAACAUUGAUUGUAUCUGAGCUAAUGCUGACAGAGCUGUUGGAGAGAAAGGUCUCACUGCAGGAGCCCUAUUAGGCUGUUGCUGGGAGGACACUCAAGCUCUGUUGGGUUCUUGCUUUUAAGAAUGCUAAAUUAGCAUCAAUCCACAAGGCAGAAGGUCUGUUGCUGUGUUUAACAGUCUAUUUUCCAUGAAAAUGCAGAAAGUGUAUAAUCUUGUUUAUUAGUUAUAUACUGUUCAAUAAAAAUC